GUCUGUCUUUCCUGCUAGCGCUGAGCGAGCGAGCAUCAGAAAUUCAGCAGUCCAACGCGUCUUUCCAGUCUUCGGCACCGGCAAGCAAGACCGCAAAGGCCACUCCUUUUUCUUCUCCGCCCAAACCGCCGCCUCCUCUCCUCUCGACCUCUCCUCUCCACUUCUCAUCAGGGUCUCACCUCAGUCACCUCCACAGGCACACUCCUCUUCCAGUCCCGGCAACGGAAGCUUCACUGCUGCGCUCGACUCACUGGCAUCACCAUAUUGUCAACCCGGCAUAUUUUCAGUCUGUAGAAGCCAUCUUUUAAAGAACAUUUUGGGCAGAGAUUGCCAGUACCAUUUCUUGUGUUAACAUGGACUUCUCAGCUGGUUCCUACUUCUCAUCAUGGCCUGUCAAUUCUGGUUCUGAGAGCUACAGUUUGGCUGAUGGUUCAGUGGAAUCAUAUGGAGGAGAAGGAAGCAUGGCACCUUCAAGCUAUUUCAUGACAGCUAGAUCAGAUCACAAUUUAAAAUUCAGUGUGCAUGAACAGGAUUCCACUAUGCUUCCAAAUGAACAGUUGACCUAUGCUGGUGCUGGCCAGACUGAUCUGUUACCUGGUGAUACUCUAUCUAGGGAUAAGCUUUGUGAAAAUCUUCUGGAGCUUCAACGACUGCAGAAUAACAGCAAUCUGCAGAGUAAUUUAGUGGCCCCAGGAGUGCUUCAGCACAAUUCAACACCUGGGGUCUUUCAUCCACAGUUGAAUACUCCUGGACUUUCAGAACUGCCUCAUGCCUUAUCUAGUUCAAUUGAUAGUAAUGGAAGUGAAGUUUCUGCUUUUCUUGCUGAUGUAAAUGCUGUUUCUUCAGCCCCAACUUUGUGUUCAGCAUUCCAAAAUGCUUCUUCGUUCAUGGAACCAGUGAAUCUAGAAGCUUUCAGUUUUCAAGGAGCACAAAGUGAUUCUGUUUUGAACAAAACAAGCCAUUCAAAUGGGAAUAUCUCAGUGUUUGACAGUGCUACCUUGGCAUCACUUCAUGACAGCAAAGAAUUUAUCACUGGUAGGCUCCCCUCAUUUGCUAGUGUCAAGGAAGCAAACCUAGCUUCUAGUGGUUUCAAGACUCAGAAGCAGGUUAUUAAUGAGCAAAAUGCAAUGUGCAACGUUCCUCUCCCUGCUUUCACUGCACGUAAUCAAAUGUCAGUUGCUGCAACGCAAGGAGCACUGAUCCCUCAAAAGAUUCCUUCAUGGAUCAAUGAAAACAAAAGUGAGGGUCCUGUUAGCCAUCCUUCUGAUGUACAAACCCAACCAAAUUCGGCUGGAAAUGGUGUUGGCGUGAAGCCACGAGUAAGGGCUCGUCGUGGACAGGCAACUGAUCCUCACAGUAUUGCUGAACGGCUUCGCAGAGAGAAAAUUUCAGAUAGGAUGAAAAGUCUGCAAGAUCUCGUCCCGAAUUCCAAUAAGGCAGACAAGGCAUCCAUGCUGGAUGAAAUAAUUGAUUAUGUGAAAUUUCUUCAGCUUCAGGUCAAGGUCUUGAGCAUGAGUAGGCUAGGAGCUCCAGGAGCAGUUCUUCCCCUUCUCACAGAAUCUCAGACUGAGGGUUACCAUGGUCAACCUCUGUCGGCUCCAACCAACACACAAGGAUUACUGGAUGCACUAGACUCGGAAGACGCCUUCGUCUUUGAGGAAGAGGUUGUGAAGCUAAUGGAAACCAGCAUCACCAGCGCAAUGCAGUACCUUCAGAACAAGGGGCUCUGCUUGAUGCCAGUUGCCCUUGCUUCCGCCAUAUCCACCCAGAAAGGUGUGUCCGCUGCUGCAAUCCCUCCUGAACGGCGAAAUAAAGACAUGCUCCUCCCAUGAGCAUGAGGACACAACUGAAGAAGACAGAGCUCAGACGGCUGAAGAAUGCAGAGCCCGUAGAGUACAGGAUAGGAAGUUAGUCUGACCAGAGUGCAUGGCCCCGUCUACUAAUUUGCUUCUCAGAAUCAGUUUUUUCGUACCUAUUGCGCAUCAGUUGGUUUUGCCUUUUUUUUCCCCCUUUUUUGCCGUAUUGCAUCAGGUUGCUCAGCGAUAGUUGCGUUUCAGUAACUUGAACUGUAUCUGGAUUAUCUAUCUGGUUUCUCCUUUUGUGCAUAGAAAAAAAAGUAAAAUCUACUGUUUCUGGUGUUCUGCUAUAU